GCUUAUUUAGUCGUUUCGUUCGGUCCUCUGCUCUGCAAUGUGUGAUCGGAAAAAGCGACGGACGGACGGAGAUGGAGGAAGAACAACAACUUCGGUCGGGGAAGUACACUUGGGUGAUCGACAGCUUCUCCGAGAAGAAGAACAAGCCCAAGUUCUCCUCUGAUGCGUUUACUGUUGGAGGCUGCAAAUGGCAAAUAACUAUGUACCCUGGGCGGGAAGCGGAUUAUUUGGAAAUCUACUUAGGGGUUGCAGAUACUGCAACAUUGCCUGAUGGAUGGUACAGAGAUGCGAAGGUAGCAUUCACUUUAGUUGAUCAGGACAGCAAAGUCGGCUCAACAACAGAGAGUUUUCGAAAGAAAAUCACCGCAGGUGAAAGCGAUUGGGGGUUCAGGCAAUUCAUGCCUCUGACCAAGCAGAUUCGACUCUUAUUUCCACAGUUUCUCUGAACAUUUUAGUGCUACCGGCACUCCUCAUCUGGGAGAAGAAUCGGCAUCACACUCGCAGACCACUGAUGUAGCUUCUGACACUCCGAGCUCAGAUGAUAUAGAGAAGGCCAAGCACUCCUUGAAGGAAUGCCUGUUGGAUCUCUUCAAGUUAGACAUGAGGGAUAGGCUUUCCUCAGCCUUGUCGAUCUUAAGCCAUGCUGGAGCUGGGUUAUCUCCUGAUCAGCAGAGAUCGAUCGAGACAUUUAAGGCCAACUUUGAUGAUUUUUUAUGUGACUUCUUAACCUUUGAGCUAGACAAUUCUGAUUUUGAGCUGCAGAAAAUCACGACGGAUCGCAUAUACUCUACGAUGAAGAAGAAUAGAGAGGGUCACCUUUCAUACAAGCAAUCGUUUGAUAGCCUCACCGAGGAAAAGGAAGAGCUCUAUAAGAGACUGAAGGAAGUGAGCUCCGGUGAGAGAGAGCUGAUAUCUGACUGGGAAACCCUGAUAAAAGAAUCAGAGGAAGUGAAAUUGAAAUGUGCAAUUCAGGAGAAGAAGCUGGCAGAGGCAAAGGAGAAGAAGAAAAUAGCCGAAGAAAGGAUGUCUCGAUCAACCAGUGCCUGGUCCAGUCUUAAGGAACAAUUCCUUUGAAAUUUUCAGCUUGCCGGUAAAAAAAUGGCCGCAAAGUUUUGUGCAGCACAAGAGGAUGUGAUCAAAAUGCCAUCGAUUCGGAUGUGAUUGAAACGCUGUCUGUGAGACCUUCUCGCUUUAGAAA